AUGAAUUAAUAAGUAAAAGAACCACUUAAUCCAGCAGUUUGUGAAGUAUUUUAAAAACUCUUAUCUGAUGUAUUCAUUAAGAAGAUAUGGAAAGUAUGAAUUAUAUAUAAAAAUAGGAAUUUAGAGAAUCAGGUAACUUAUCAGAAGGUAAAAUGACAAAAUCUAACUUCACUAAAGAAAUGUUAAAAUAACUUAAAUUACAUGUUAAAAGUAGAGAAUAUAGUUAUAUUUCAUCUUAAUUCUUUUUAAUUUUGGCACCUGAAGAAUUCACAAGAUAUUAAAAUAAAAUGAAGAAUGAUUUUGAAGCAAUUGUUGAAAGAUCUUGUGCUGAAUCAUAUAGAUUUGAUCCAGAUACAUAAUUGGUUAGAGAACCUGCUUAAAGAAGAGAUAAUUAAUCAGAAAAACAUUAACCACCAGAUUAAGCAUUUGAAAAUUGGUUUAAGUAGAAUUAUGAUUAAUAAUUUCUUAAAUGGUUUGGAACUAAUUAUAAUUCAGAUAAAAAAAAGAUGAAGAUAUCUGCUUUGGAUAGUUUAUUUGAAAGAUGGUUUAGAUCAAAUAAUGUAUAACCAAUAUUUGAAAAAGCAUAAUAAGAGAAAUCUUAAUAAGAGAAAACAUAUUUUGAAAUUUGGGUUGGUAAAAAAUUUGAAACAUUAUUUGAAAAGUUAUUUGAAAGUAAAUAUCUAAUAAUUAUUAUAUAGGAUUUUAAUUAGAAUUUGAUGAUAAAAUUGAAAUAUAAGAUUUAGUAUUAUCUCUUGGAGUGUUAGCAAGAAUGGAAUUAGAAAAAAAAUUAGAAUUGAUAUUUGAUUUAAGUGAUGUUGAUGAAGAUGGAUGUUUAUCUAUUGAUGAUAUAUAAUAAAUGAUUAAAAGAAUAGAAAAGAAUUUUACAAGAGAAACUUCACUUAUUACUAGUGAUUCAUAAGCAUUAUAAAAUGAAUUGGCAUUUAAAAGAGCUAUGAGAAAGUUUUCUUGGGCAACUAUUAAAAUGGAUAAAUAAAUUGAAAUUAAAAAUGAUGAAUUAGGUUUAAUAGAAGGUAAGAAAUUUUUAGAUUCUCUUAAAUAAAAUAAAAUGUUAUUUGAAACUUUUUUACCUGGUUAAUUAUUAUUAUAUGAUGUUUUAAUGACAGAUUAAGGAGAAAAAGAGUUUUAAAUAUAAGAAAUUGAUAAUAAAAUUUUAGAUGAAAAUUAAUAAUUCUUUAAAUAAGAACCUAAAAGAGAAGAACCUAAAAAAGAAGAUACUAAAAAAGAAGAGUAGGUUGGAUAAUUUGAAUUAUUUAGAAAAGAAAUACAUGCAUAAUUAAGAAAUAAUUAUAAAGAUAAGUAAAUAAUAAUAUUAAUUAUAUAGAUUAUCUAAAUAAUAUUUAUAAGAACAUAAAGGUUAAGUUAGAUAUCCAGGUAAAAUGGAAGUUGUUUAAGUUGGUAACUAAGCAAAAAGAGUUCCUAAAUUAGAAAAAUUUGAAGAGAAAAAAGAAGCUAAAAAGGAAAAAGAAGAUACAUAAUAAAAUCAAUAAAAAUAAAAUAAUAUCGAAUCUCAUGGUAUUAAUAAUAUAUUUAUAAUUAGAAAAAAGAUUGAAGGACAUGAGAGAACAAAGAUAGUAAUGGAAUAUAGAGAGUAUAUUAAAAGAUUACAAAGCUGUAUGA